CUCAACUCCCGACGACUUGUAUUCUAUUCUCAUGUUUAAAAAUAAAUGCAAUUUCUCGGCACUCUCCCUCCGCUUCCUCAGAGCUCGAAAGGCCCUCCGUUUCUCCUACCACUCAUCAGCUCCUUCAUCUACAAUUCCACCUCCCCCACCCCAAACCCUAGAAACCCGCUUCUUCCCCAUCUCUCUCGAUCCCCGAUCCUUCGUCUCCGCCCUCGUGCAAUGUCGCACCGUCGCACAUGUCGAACAAGUCCACGCCUUGGCGGUCUCCGCCGCCAUGAUCGAAAACCUCGGCGUCGCGAACAAAUUGGUUUACAUAUAUGCCCAGCACAAAGCUGUAUCCGAGGCCCACGCGCUCUUCUCCUGCAUGGCCGAGCGAGACAAUGUGUCGUGGAGCGUGAUGAUCGGUGGGUUUGCGAAGAUCGGAGAUCUCGGUAGCUGUUUGGGGAUUUUCAAGGAGUUUCUUCGAUCCGGCUCUCGGAUCGACAACUUCACUCUGCCCUUUGCUUUGCGGGCAUGUCGGGAUUUGAAGUCGAUUCGGUGGGGCAUGGAAAUCCACCAUCUUGUUUACAAGUCCGGGCUUCAUUCCGAUGUGUUUGUAUCUGCGGCGGUAGUCGAUAUGUAUGCGAAGUGUGGGUGCAUCGAAGAUGCUCGGAAGGUGUUUGAUAGAAUGCCGCUGAGGGACAUGGUGGCUUGGACGGUCAUGAUUGCUGGGUAUGCGGAGUGUGGGAAUCCCGAAGAGUCGUUGAUCUUGUUUGAUAAGAUGGAGGAGGAAGGAAUUGUACCCGAUAAGGUCACCAUGGUCGCAGCUGUGUUCGCAUGUGCGAAGCUGGGCGCUAUGCAUAAGGCGAGGUUAAUCCGUGAUUAUAUAUCAAGAAUGAAAUUUUCAUUGAAUGUGUUCUUGGGUACAGCGAUGAUUGAUAUGUAUGCGAAGUGCGGAAGUGUCGAUGAUGCCCGUGAAAUAUUCGAUGAAAUGCGUGAGAGAAAUGUCAUUACAUGGAGCUCAAUGAUAUCAGCGUAUGGAAUUCACGGCCGUGGCAAGGAGGCUCUUGAUCUGUUCACUAAGAUGUUGCAAUCUAGGGUUCAGCCUAACGAAAUUACCUUCGUGUCCUUAUUAUCAGCUUGCAGUCAUGCAGGGUUAGUCGAUGAGGGCCGGAAAUAUUUUCAUAUGAUGAAGAGGGAUUAUUUGAUCCAACCUGAUGUCAAACACUACACUUGCAUGCUCGAUCUUCUUGGCCGAGCUGGUAAACUUGAUGAGGCAUUGGAAUUGACCCACAAAAUGGAAGUCGAGAAAGACGAAGGAAUUUGGGGCGCAUUACUGGGUGCUUGUAGGAUCCAUGGGAAUAUAGAAUUAGCAGAAAAAGCUGCCCAAAACCUUCUUCAGCUUGGCCCAAGAAAUCCGGGGUAUUAUGUUUUGCUUUCAAAUAUAUAUGCCAAUGCAGGCAGAUGGGAAGAUGUCGCCAACGUGAGGGAGCAGAUGAAUGAUAGAACAUUGAAGAAAAUUCCAGGAUCGACGGUGAUUGAGAUCAAUAAUAAAAAUUAUAAAUUCAAAGUUGGUGAUAAAACCCACCCACAAUCGAAGGAGAUAUACGAAAUGUUAAAGACUCUUAGAGAGAAGUUAGAAUUGGCUGGAUACCUUCCUGAUACGAAUUUUGUGCUUCAUGAUGUGGAUGAGGAACUCAAAGCAGAGUUCUUAUACUCUCACAGUGAGAAGCUGGCGAUCGCAUUCGGUUUGAUUGCUACAACAGAGGGCAGUACGAUACGAAUAACUAAGAAUCUUCGAGUUUGCGGUGAUUGCCACACAUUUACUAAGAUGGUUUCGGCAAUCAUGCAUAGGGAGAUUGUUGUCCGAGAUGCAAAUAGGUUUCAUCACUUUAAAGAUGGUUCUUGCUCUUGUCGAGACUAUUGGUGACAAAUGGGAUUUGCUAAGGUCUUUUGCAGUCCUCUCCUAUCUGUGUUGCCAUAUGAAUCCAGAUGACAUUUUCGGGGGGAUCCCGACAUCACCUCAGACUUCAUUAUCCCGCCAAACUUGAACAACUCGCUCGUGAACGGCACCUUCUUCACCUUCACUGGACUUCGUCCCUUACUCACGUUGCCCCCACCGACAAACUUCACCGUC